AUGUGUGAUAACUGUGUUGUGGUAUUUGGGUGCCGUAGCCCGACGGUGGGACACUAUCUCGAUGUCACACGGUGUCCCUUUUGCGACUCCGAGGUUCAUCUCGCAGUACGACAGCUACCGCCAACAAAGGGACCCAAUAUCCUGAGCCUUGACGGCGGCGGCGUGCAUGGGAUUAGGCAACUAAGUUUGCUUCGGUCGUUGGAGGAGCGGUUGGGAGGAGAUCUUCGGACGGCAAUCUUCGACCUAUGUGUAGGCAUCAGUGUGGGGGCUUUGAACAUCAUAGACCUGGUCUUCAAUCACUCGUCCGUAGACGAUAGCUUUCAACGCUUCCCGGACCUCGCACGAAAGAUCUUCCAGCAGCCAGCUAAGCCGGCCCUCAAAUGCCUGGCCUGGAUCAAAGGUGUCGAGCGUCUUAUCCGAGAUGGGAAGUAUGACGAUCAUGUGCUUGAUGAAACCCUGAAGGCUGCUUUAUGUCCAGAUCUUCGAAUAUUCGAUGUAGAGACAACAUGCGGCGUGGGAAGUCGCGUGACCGUCAUCGCCAGCCGCAUCUCGGACGGAAAGGCCUGUCUGCUGGCCAACUAA